CGCACACGCGCGCCCCCGCCCAUUGAAAACAAAGCUAUCUGCGCGGCUUCCAUUACAGCGCUGCAGCUUGUGCAAGAUAGCAUUGAGAGACACGGAGCAAGAAAGAAGAGACAGAGAUCUGCAGAUGGGAUUAACCUCACAAUAGGAAGGUACGAGCCCCGAGCCAGUCUUGCUUGGAGGCGAAGAGACGACAGCAAGCCCACAGUUUGUAUAAAGAGGUGUUUUUCCCCCCCCCUUGAUAUAUACUAAGCACAGCAGCUGCGCCAUGUUGUUGCUGAAAGGCUGUUAUUAAGGAGCCGAUCCCUAAUAAAAUUCGGAGUUAAUCCCAAAGAUUCAGUGAAAAGGACCCCCUUGCCUUCUGCAACCAUCGCGUCCUUAUCCUUCGGUGAGAUGGCGGAGCAAACGUUUUCCUGGGCGUAUUCCCUGGUAGACUCCAGCCAGGUCUCCACCUUCCUCAUCUCCAUUCUCCUCAUAGUCUACGGCAGCUUUAGGUCAUUAAACAUGGACUUGGAGAACCAGGACAAGGACAAGGAUGGGAAUGCCAUGUCGCAGGGAACGUUUAAUACCAACGCCAGCAACAACACGGUGUGUUGUGUUCCAGGUAUUCAGACUAUCGACUCGACCCAGGCGCUGUUCCUGCCCAUCGGAGCCUCGGUCUCCCUGCUCGUCAUGUUCUUCUUCUUCGAUUCCGUUCAGGUGGUCUUCACGAUCUGCACAGCAGUUCUCGCAACGAUAGCCUUUGCCUUCCUGCUCCUACCGAUGUGCCAGUAUCUAACAAGACCCUGCUCCCCUCAGAACAAAAUCUCCUUCGGCUGCUGUGGCAGGUUCACUGCCGCGGAGCUGCUCUCCUUCUCCCUGUCUGUGAUGCUGGUCCUCAUCUGGGUGUUGACUGGGCACUGGCUGCUGAUGGACGGUAAGGCCCUGCACAGCUCCCCUGGUGCUGCGUCUCCACCGCCUGGGCUGGCAGGUAGAGGGGGUGUUGGUCAGCAACACCUACCCCUGCACAUCCCCUUCCUGACCUGAGCCAGAAAUAACAAGUCUGCUAACCUUAGCUAUUCACGGUGGCAAUGGCCAGGCCAGCUUUACAUGUAUACGUGAUGAGAUAUAGAAAUCAAUAUAGU